AUGCCCACCGCCCGUUCGCUGCGCACUUCGGUGCUUGCUCCCGCCGCCCUCGUUUACUACUCUUCCAGCGACCUCCUCGCAGCCUCCGGUUUGGUAUUGAAGAAAGGCAAAAAGAUAUCACAGCAGACCACUACAUCAAAACGGCAGGAUGAGUGGGCGCUGGAGUGUGACUCGAUGCACGGGUUGGUAACGCCCUACUACGUUCCCAACAAAGAUUUCCCCACCAAGGUCGGAUGCGUGCCAUUGAUGUGCGAGAACAAGCUGGUAUCACAUGCAAGUAUGUCUGGGUCUGGAUGUUGAUGAAUCCAGAAGUUUGUCAUGCAGAUUUCAGAUGUCCCGCGAGGUCUAGACAACGGCUUCGCAGUGCGUAUUCCGUAUGAGAAAUGCAAUUUCAUCAACAUCGCCAAAAAUGUGUAUCUUGUGCUAACUCGCGCAAGACAAAUUUUUGUGUGACCUACAGCAUGCAUCACAAUGUGCAACCUUCCAGACCCGAACAUAUUUGCAAUGCAUAGCUGGGGAAGUCCGACGAUGUCGCCGUUGGCACGGCGGCGCCGUGCACGUGGGAAGGCGGGGCGGACAGUUGCUGCACGGAUAAGGUACUUAGCGUGUUUUAUUCCGCAGCUUGAUUUUCGAAGUUGAACGGCAUUGAAAAUCAAACCUGCCAUCGUAUGUUGGCUUGAAAGAAUAAAAUUCAAGUAAAAGCAGACUCCUCUCCGAUAAGAUGACCAGAGUUUUGUGGACGAUAUUGUUCUUGGAUUGUAAUAGUAUUACGCGGUAGCAAAACAGACUGUACAUUUUGAUUUUCUCGAAACAACCUCUCAGAUAAAAGAUCCGUGUGCUGGCGGCAAGCUCCCGUGCAUUCUCGGGGAAGUCACAUCCCUAACGGACUACACUGCCAAAGCGGUCCACGAAUCCAACUCCACCAACGUCGAGGCCAUCAAGGGUGAUUGCGGCACCAACACCAAGGACUUCGAAGAGUCAGCCAAGGAAUAUCGUGCGGAAAAACGACGUCGUCAUUACCCCAGAUUUGUGAUGCAAAUUCGCAUGUAGAUUUAGAAUGUUUCUCAUGCAGGUCGUCUCCAUGAGAGCCGCUCUGUAGUGGUGUUUGGGAAAAAUCUGUCAUGCGCGAAUCAGGAUAAGAGGUUAGAGUUAGAUUUGUAAUGCGUCUGUAGUGGCUCUAAGGCAGCGCUAUACUUCACAGUCGAGCUUGUCAUGCGUGUUGAGUUCCAAAAGUUCUGGAUUUGUCCUGCAGAGUGGUCAUCAAUCUUGAGUAUGGGAUGACGGCGUUUUUGCUCGGGAUAACAAAGUAUCAAAUGUAAAAAUGUCUGGGUCUGGAAGAGUGCAAGUUUGUCAUGCUUCGAUCUGGCAUGACUCUUAAAUCUGUCAUGCACAUUACUCAAGAGCCUCACUUUUCUGUCAUGCAAAAACGCAGUUUGUCAUGCAGAAUAGGCAUCAUAUAGAAGCUCAGGAACUUGUCAUGCUGAGCCAGCACUUGUGGCCUCCUCAUGAUACGCCACCCAGCAUCACAAGUUUCCAGACAUCCAGGGAUUUUUACAAUCCAUACAAAGCCACCACCGUGACCGCCGGCGCGGACGCCACCGCCGGAUCCGCCCCCGCACCGCCGGGCGACCCUUUUGUCCUCUUGGGUUUAUCCAAUGCAAAAGUAUCGUAUUCGUAUAAAUGCAAGCUUUGCAUCAUAAAUGUUUUUCUGAAGGCAAAUCAGCAUUACAAAUUUCAUUUUUCAUGCUGAGGAAAUUUGUAAUGCAUUUAUACGAGUGUGAUCAUACUUUUGCAGUUCAUAAGGCUGCUUCCAGGACAAGCGACAGCGCGCCAUGGGGAAAAUGGCCAAGGGAGCGUACUCGGUCGCGGAGUGCGCCGAACACUUAUCAACUGCAAAAGCAUCGUACUCGUAUAAAUGCAUUACAAAUUUUGUGAGCAUGAUAAAUAAAAUUUGUAAUGCGGAUUUCCCUUAACGACUAGAUUUGUAAUGUAUAACUGCAAUUAGUACGAGUGCGAUACUUUUGCACAGGAUAACACUGUGCGGGCUACGAAUUUUUUGCGAUCCAGUCCUACCAGCAGUGCUUGUACCCGAAGGGGAAAGGGAUCAUGUCUAGUCAUGCAUGAUUACAAAAGUAUUUGAUAACGUUAAUCCACAUGGCAAAUUUCAUUUCUCAUGCUGAGCAAAUUUGUCAUGCGAUGUAUGCAUAGCAAAGACGUUCCUUCUUCCUCUCCAUACUCGCUGCUCCAACGGAAACGACCACGAGAAGUACGGGAAGGUAUAAGAGUGAAGUGGGCCGUCGAAUUUGUGAUGCGGAGUUUGCAUGUGGAAAGGACGGAAUGCAUAGAGGGACAUGAACUUGUGAUGCACGUGCCACAGCACCGUUGGAAUCUGUAUUGCGCACCAGCUCGACAAACAAAACCACAGACCCCGGACGGCGACUGCAGCACCCCGUGCAAGAAGGACCUUAUCGUACAGGGAAAAUUUCACCAGCCUAGCGCGUGAUCGUAUGUUGUCAUGCGGAACAGUCAGUGCAGCAAAGAAGGAGUUUUGUAGUCAAUGCAUGACAAAUAGAUUGUGAUCCGACAACUGUGCAGCUAGCUGGAAUACAACUUCCCCUUUCAUAACCCCAGCCGCGGAUGGCGAGCGGCAGUGCGGUGGCGGGUGGCGUAACUCCGUCUACAAGGUGCCGGCGGUGUGAGCAGGGCGAUCUAUGGAUUGCAAAAAUGUCUGGCUCUGGAAGAGUGUAAGCUUGUCAUGCAGGUUUCCGAUGACCCAUGAGGUCUGGAAUGCGGGACCUAGCAUGACAGAGUCUGUGGGGUCUCUGCCAUGCCUAUCCUGCAUGAGAAACUGGCUCCCAACUUGGUCGAAAGUCGACAGCUUUUGGCAUUCAUGCAGCACAGAUUUUUGCAUGAUUCGGAUUUAGCAUGACAAGUUGUAACCUUCCAGACCCAGACACUUUUGCACUCCAUAAGAUCAAGAAGAGACCAAGGAUUCUAAUCAGGAAUUUUCUGCUGACCAUGCGGAACAAGAAGCAAAAGAACAAAAGCAACGGGCUGUGCGCCAGGAAGAAAAAUUAGGUUUUCUGUUUCAUCAACUCCUCUUUUCUUUUCAUUCGCAACUUCAAGAUCGCACAAUAAAACACACACACUUACUUAAAAACUUAAUUGCGCAUCGAGUUGCUUCUUUUUUUUCAGGUCUUUUUCUUUUCACACUUACUUAAACUUAAUCGAAUGCAGUUUACUCAAACUUUUUUUUCUUUUCACACACUGUUAUUUGAUUUUUAUGGAUUGUUUUUCUUUUCACACACACACUGUUUUCAAGUUUCACGACACACACACACGAAGACACGAAGAUGUUGUAGCGAUCUGAAGGAAGCACAAGCAGAAGGAAAAUGAGGAAGAGAAAAGUUUUGUAAAAUUUGCAGAAGAAGAACUAGAAUGAGCCUAAUGCUUGUUUCUGUUGCAUGCCUAGAGCGCAGACUGCAGUUUCGCAGCGCAAAUCCAAACACGAAAAACGAUGUGUAAACAACAAUACAGCUUUUCAAAUGUACGAGCAGGGAGGCAUCAUCUCUUGUUGUGUUCCAAUCGACGUUUUUACUUUUUUCGUCGUCAUCUUUUGGUGUCUAUAGCGAGGUUCACAUUCUUUGCGUCGUCGCCGCUUGCGACUUUAAAAAGAUCCCCUUUGUUUCUAAGAACGUUCUACAACAUUAUUUUCCGCAAACACACACAAGAUUUUUGCAGCCACUCGUAAUGAAUUUACCCGUAAAUACCAAUUUAAAUUGUAGGGCACGAGCGCGUGAGUUGUAGUGGACUUAAACGAGAACUCCUCCGAUAUAUUGUCGUAUAUCUGGAGUGUCUCGUAUAGGUAGGGAUCAUGGCGCCAGCCACGUCGAUGAUGCGGUUUUCUGUGCUUGCCACGACUACGGUCUCCGGGUUGCGACUCGAGUAUGGGGAGCAGCAGCAGAAUAUGGGCUGUAAACUUGUCUGCGUCUCCUGGAAAAUAAAGACGAAUUUGUGAUGCGUGUUUCUGAUAAGACAAGAGUCUGUGUUACGUGAGUUGCAAGACAUGUUUUCCAGUAAUUUAUCUGGCCACGACGUGUUGAGAUGGAAUUUUUCUUUUCAUUCGCAACUUCAAGAUCGCGCAAUAAAACACACACACUUACUUAAACUCAAUCGCGCAUUACUAUCUAAAUCGAGUUACUUCUUUUUUCACUUUUCUUUUCACACUUACUUAAACUUAAUCGAAUGCAAUUAUUUAUUUUAACUUUUUCUUCUUUUCACACACAGUUAUUUUCUGUUUUCUAUAGAUUGUUUUUCUUUUCACACACACACUGUUUUCAAGUUUCACACACACGAAGAUGUUUUAACGAUCUGAAGGAAGCACAAGCAGGAAGGAAAUGGAGGAAGAGAAAACUUUUGUAAAAUUUGCAGAAGAAGUAGAAUUAGAAUGAGCCUAUUGCUUGUUUCUUUUGCAUGUCUGUAGCGCAGACUGUGCAGUUUCGCAGCACAAUCUAAACACAAACAACAAUGUGUAAGCAGCAAUACAGCUUUUCAAAUGUACGAACUGUAGCAUAGGAAAGGAAG